UCCAAAACUGCAGAGUUCUAUAGGAUCCAAUGAUGAGAGCACUGCGUUCUUCUGCUUCUUCCUGUCUCUGAUCUUCUGCUCUUCUGCUCUUUCCGACUUUGUAUGCGUCUCUGUUCUUUCAGAUGGAGCCAAUAAGUUCAUCAAACCCAGAUCUUAGAAAAGUUGCUGUUGCUGCUGAAGUGGAGGGGUUUGGGUGUUCUGUUGAUGAAAUUUCUGCAAAGGUUGAUACGCUUGAGAAAAGAGUGAACGAGGUUGAACGAUUUUACUUGACUACAGGUAGUCCGCAACUAACCAAUUCAAAAGGUAGCUCAAUUGUGAAGGAUAAACAGUUAAAUCUUCUUAAGAAGCAGCAGCAAGAUGCAUCACGUAGGGAAGUCACUGCUACAAAGAGAAUGCAAGAGCUCAUGCGGCAAUUUGCCUCAAUAUUCCGUCAGAUCACUCAGCACGAAUGGGCAUGGCCCUUCAAGGAGCCUGUAGAUGUUGAAAGUCUGGGAUUGCAUGACUAUUAUCAAGUUAUUGAGAAGCCUAUGGACUUUGGAACCAUAAAAAAUAAAAUGGAAGCUAAGGAUGGUACUGCCUAUAAGAAUGUUAGAGAAAUAUAUGCUGAUGUGAGGCUGGUAUUUAAGAAUGCAAUGAAAUAUAAUGAUGACAAAGAUGAUGUCCACGUGAUGGCCAAAACAUUGUUGGAAAAGUUUGAAGAAAAAUGGCUAAAGCUUUUGCCAAAAGUUGUUGAAGAGGAAACAAGACGAGUAGAUGAGGAAGCAGAGGCACGACUACACACGAAACUUGCCCAGGAGGCUGCUUAUGCCAGCAUGGCUAAGGAUCUAAGCACUGAGCUUGUAGAGAUUGAUCUGUAUUUGAAGGACCUCAGAGAAAUGGUGGUUCAGAAGUGCAGGAAAAUGUCAUCUGGUGAUAAGAGAAAACUUGGGACCGCUCUCACCCAUUUAUCUCCUGACGAUCUCAGCAAGGCUCUGGAAAUCGUCGCUCAGAAUAACCCCAGCUUCCAAGCAAGUGCGCAAGAAGUGGAUCUUGACAUUGAUGCUCAGAGUGAGUGCACAUUAUGGAGGUUAAAAGUUUUUGUUAAGGAGGCACUAAAAGUUCAGGGAAAAAGUUCUGAAGGCAUUGCCGGCAACAAAGUUACAGCCUCCAAACGAAACAGGGAGAUUUCUGACGCUGUUCCCAAGACUAACGCAAAAAGGACUAAAAAGCUCUCUUGUUUGUGAUCUAGCUUGCAUGUCGGGUGACUCAGUUCAUUCAGUGCAUUGUUGAAUGUAAUUAUGUGCUGGUUAACUCUGUAAAUGAAAGAGCUACGGAUCGUUUUUCUGUAUAGAUACGUGAUAUAGAUCAAUCAACUUCUCGAUUUCUAUAAAGGUUAGAUACAUAAUCAGACUUCUAGUCAUUUGCUAUGAUUUGUGAAAGGACACCCCUUGCUAAAGAAUGGACCAAAUGAAUGUCCUUAGUCGUGUAUUCUCUUGCAA